AUGGGUUCUGGAGGCCUCCAGCUGUGCGCCGGCCUCGCUCUCCUGGUCCACCUCGCCUCCUGCAGUCCCAUCCUGAGCUUGGAGCACUCUUCCUUGGAGGAAGACGUGCCCCUUUUUGACGAGGUCCUCUCCGAGCAGGAUGGGGUUGAUUUCAACACGCUGCUUCAGAACAUGAAGAACGAGUUCCUGAAGACGUUGAACCUCUCCGACAUCCCCCUGCACGAGGCGGCCAAGGUGGACCCCCCAGAGUACAUGCUCGAGCUGUACAACAAGUUCGCCACCGAUAGGACAUCGAUGCCAUCGGCAAAUAUCAUCAGGAGCUUCAAAAAUGAAGACUUGGCUUCCCACCCCAUUGGUGUUGUAGGAACGCGGAAAUACCCCCUUCUCUUCAACGUAUCCAUCCCUCACCAUGAAGAAAUCACCAUGGCGGAGCUGAGGCUCUACACCCUGGUGGAGCGGGACCGGAUGCUCUACGAUGGACUCGACCGGAAAGUCACCAUUUUUGAGGUGCUGGGAAGCGACCACGUGGGGGUAGGAGAAGAGCGGAAGAUGGUGGCGCUGGCGUCGAGGCAGAUCUAUGGCAAGAACAGCGAGUGGGAGACCUUCGAGGUGACCGAGGCCAUCAGGCGCUGGCGAAGGGCAGGCCUGACCACGCACCGGCUGGAAGUUCAUAUCGAGAGCAGGGAAGGGGAGGAGCAGAACGGAGAGGGGAAGCUCGAUAUCGACAUCAACUCGGAGGCCAAGCACGUGCCCCUGCUCAUCGUGUUCUCCGAUGACCAAAGCAACGACAAGAAGGAGGAGAAGCAGGAGCUGAACGAGAUGAUAGACCACGAGCAGCUCCUGGACUUGGAGAACCUGGAGGUCGGCAACUUCCACGACCGGCCCGGCGAGGAGGCGCUGCUCCAGAUGCGCUCCAACAUCAUCUACGACUCCACCGCCCGCAUCCGGAGGAACGCCAAGGGCAACUACUGCAAAAAGACUCCGCUCUACAUAGACUUCAAGGAGAUUGGCUGGGAUUCCUGGAUCAUCGCCCCCGCGGGAUACGAAGCCUACGAGUGCCACGGCGUGUGCGCCUACCCCUUAACGGAGCACGUCACACCGACGAAACACGCCAUCGUGCAGACCUUGGUUCACCUGAAGAACCCCCAGAAAGCCUCCAAGGCCUGCUGCGUGCCCACCAAGCUCGACCCCAUCUCCAUCCUCUACCUAGACGCGGGGGUUGUCACCUACAAGUUCAAAUACGAGGGCAUGGUGGUAUCGGAGUGCGGCUGCAGAUAGUAGGAGCACGCGCACGGGGGAGAGCACGGGGGAAGUAUUUAAUGAUUCAGUCUGUAAAUUUGUACAUUUUGCUAUUUAAUGAGGUUAUUUAAUGAGGCAUGUACAGAUAAUUGUAUGUUUCCUGUCACGGGGAAUGGGCAAGACAUACGACUGUAGGGAAUGUAUAUUUUGUUCCAUUGCUUGCUGCUUGCUCUCUUUUCCUGUCCAAAUUAAGACUGAGUCUCUCUUUGUACCAGGGCACAGACCAGAUCACUGGGUUGUU